AUGUUUUUUGGCAGUGACAGCACCAAGUCAUCAGACGAGCCCACCAAAACAUACUGGGAACGACUCGAUGAAAUCUCAUACUCGCCAGUCCCAUCAGGAAUCCUAUCGGCGGCGCUUUUGCUCAAGGCAAUCAAGAAGUCUGCGCCACUACCGACAAUUCCAAACACGGGCACCUCGGGCGGCUCGUAUGCGUUUCAACAAAGCCUAGCUACCGCGAAACCCACCCGGUUAAGCUGCGGCUUCUUCGGAGGUGCCUUGGCUCUUGGAACUUACAUGAUGUACGAUGGGGACCCCGUCAAUGCCUCGGGAUUCAACUUUGCUUGGCUGACGCUAUAUUUGCUCGUGAAUGGCAAAUCUGCCGUCCUGAGUUUUUUCAAGGGCAGAUUAACUCCUAUCAGUUUGGGGGCGUUGGCUUUAUUCAACGCUGCUUUGUAUGGUAGAGAGUUCUUUUGGAGUCAGAGAAGCCCAUUUUCAGUGAAUGGUCAGUGA